AUGCAUCCGGCCUUGCAAAUUCUCGAAGUGAUAGACAUCAUUAGUUCGCACACAGAACAUAGAUCCCUUCCUGCACUUGCAUCCACAUGCCGUGCCUUCGAGAGCCCAGCACUUAAUGUCCUUUGGAGGGAUUUGCAGUCCGUCGAGCCACUUGUCAAAUGUUUACCAAGCGACCUGUUUGGCAUCGAUCGUGAAUGUUUGGUGUGUCACAGUUAUCAUAUGAUUGCGAGCUUCAGAGUCCAAACUAAGUUCACGUGCGCAGGUGCUACAGAAACCUCUUGA